AUGUCGACUCAUCACAUCCUGGAGCUGAAGAAGGUUCCAAGGUACGAGAGGACCGAGAAGGGUAAAUCUCUGGUGUAUCGGUUGUUAAAAGGCAUCGCCGAGUAG